CAGUCAAAGUCAUGGGUACGGUCAGCUCCCCCUCCUUCUCCCGGGCAGAUCCAACGUCCAAUGCAAAUUUAACCCCGGAAUUGUUCCCAUUUGCUCUGAUUUUUCUAAUCCUCACGACUGAAUAACCGAAUAAAUAAGAAGUCCUUCACUUUCUCUCUGUCUUCGCUCUCCGCCUGUCGAGUCCUCCCAGAGCGCGUUACAUAUAUGGGAGCCACCUUUUUGGGAGGCGCAAUGACCAUUGUCAGGCCACCACCUCUCUGGGCAUAGGGGUGGAAGCGCCUCCCGACGGCGGCUGCGACGACGGCGGUGUGAAGCGAGGAGGAGAUGGGUCAGGGACUGAGUUGCGCGGCGAGUCAGGAGCACGGGCUCUUCACUGCUGUGCAGUUUGGGGAUUUGGAGAUUUUGGAAGCUGUCCUGGAGAGAGAUUCUAGCCUCCUCCACCAGACCACUGCUUAUGAUCGCCAGUCCGUGCUUCAUAUCGCCGCUGCAAAUGGCCAGAUCGAGAUUCUAUCCAUGCUUCUGGAUCGGUCCUUGAAUCCUGAUUUAUUGAACCGGCACAAGCAGACUCCGCUUAUGUUAGCCGCAAUGCAUGGCAAAAUCGCCUGCGUGGAAAAGCUGCUUGAAGCUGGAGCUAAUGUAUUGAUGUUUGAUUCGCUCAAUGGAAGAACUUGCCUGCACUAUGCUGCUUAUUACGGUCAUUCUAACUGCCUCAAAGCCAUUCUUUCUGCUGCUCAAUCUAGUCCAGUUGCUGUCUCUUGGGGAUAUGCACGAUUUGUGAAUAUCAGGGACGGCAGGGGUGCCACACCAUUGCACCUAGCAGCACGUCAAAGACGGCCUGAUUGUGUGCACAUUCUUCUGGAUAAUGGAGCUCUAGUUUGUGCAUCAACCGGGGGAUAUGGGUAUCCGGGAAGCACUCCUCUUCAUCUGGCUGCUAGAGGAGGAUCCCUCGAUUGCAUUCGUGAGUUGCUGGCAUGGGGUGCAGACCGUCUUCAAAGAGAUGCGUCUGGGAGAAUCCCAUACAUGGUUGCUUUCAAGCACAAGCAUGGAGCAUGUGCCGCUCUGCUAAAUCCGUCAUCCGCAGAGCCUCUUGUCUGGCCAUCACCUUUGAAAUUCAUAAGUGAGCUGGAUGAAGAUGCAAAACUUCUACUGGAGCGAGCCCUGAUGGAGGCAAAUAAGGAGAGGGAGAAAAGCAUUUUAAAGGGAACUGUAUACUCAUAUCCAUCACCAUCCCAUUCCGAUGUGGGGAUUGACGAUGAUAUUUCAGAGGCCAGCGACACCGAGUUAUGCUGCAUAUGCUUCGAGCAGGUGUGCACAAUUGAAGUCCAAGACUGCAGCCACCAAAUGUGUGCACAUUGCACGCUAGCUCUUUGCUGCCACAAUAAGCCCAACCCCACGACCGCAUCCCUAACUCCUCCAGUCUGCCCCUUCUGCCGAAGCAGCAUAGCACGGUUAGCCGUUGCUAAGAGCAAGGGCUUUGACGAAGCUGAUCUCGAGGUUGGGGAUGUCAGUUCCUCAAAAUUGAGAAGGUCGAGGAGGUCACGGAACUUUAGCGAGGGAAGCAGCAGCUUCAAGGGCUUAUCGGCCGUCGGGACAUUGGGGAAGAUGGGCGGCCGUGGAUCUGGAAGGAUCGCGGCCGAUAACGAGUGGGUCGAUAAGCUCUGAGGACUAUGAGAGGCCGUGGUUGGCGAUCAAAAAGAUAAUUUUGAACCCAAGAGAGGGAUUUAAAAAGAAGGAAAUAUGACAAAAGAAUUCCUUUGUCUAUGCCGGGCCACGGUGGUAUGUAUAGAUAGCGAAAUGAAUCUGCUGUUGCCAAUUUGGGGAAUAAGCAAGAAUUGAGUUGCAGGCUUGGAUUGGUAAGUUUGUCAUCUCAGUUAGAAAAGGAAAUUUGCUGUAGUCUUUAUGUCUGUACGUUAGAAUGAAGUUGGAUUGCUGA